AUACUACGACCGGCUCUUCUAAGAAUUACAACUUCAAGCCGGGUGGUGGCGGCAGCGGUGACACUUGGCUGUAAUCUCAGCACUCAGGCGGCAGAGACAGGCGGGUCUGUGUUGAGUAGGGAAGCCUAGUCCAAAAACCAAGUCCCAGGACAGCCAGGCUAUCUCGAGAAAGAAACCCUGUCUCGAAAAACCAAAGGGAAAAAGACGACGGCUUCUGUGGAGAAUGACUUCCUACUGUGGAUUGGACUAAGAGCUGGAACAGGUGGUAAAGAAGACAGGCUUUUUCUCUCAACAGAGUGUCCAGUGUAGUCAGCAGAUCCUGCACACAGAAGAAAGCAGGACCAUCUCACUGUGCUGCCUCCAAGUUUUGUCACCAACUACCGCUGACCAAAUAGCAGGUGUUUGCCCCGGGGUGACUCUUGUGGAUCAGUGCUGUCUGGAAGUGAUUCAUACUCCUUGUUCAAGAGGAGAGCAGCUAAAACAGCAUGAAUGAACAAAUGAAGAAAACGGUAAAGACAAGUGGUCAGAGAGGGCCGGGCGGAAGAGCCCUUGACAGAAUGACGCUAAAACAAGACGAGGGGCGGACCGUCCAGAAUACCAGAGUGGACCCUCCCCAUGUAACAUACACCAUCCACGAUGCAGGUGAGAUUAGCCUGGAUCCUGAGGAAGAGGACUACCUAGAGUGCAUCAUAAGAGGUGAGUUCUCUGAACCCGUUCUGGAAGAGGACUUACUUUUUAAAUCCUUUGAAAGCCUGGAGGAAGCGGAACAAGACCUUUCUCGCCAGGUUCUGGAAGCGAGCUCCCUUCUCGAGUCUUCUUUGGAGCACAUGACAAAGGGGACAAAACAAGAGAAAAGAGAGGCCACGCAAGAGGCACCUCAGCAGACUGUUGGGGUGAACUCAGUACUUGGAUGUUCUGAGUUCCUGACAAGCAGGAAGCUUCCUGUUGGAAAAACUUCACAAGUUGAUUUAUUCAAUCGUAAGCAGCUUGCAGGCAUUACUGGAGAGAACCCCAAGGUCUUUGCAUACUGUGGUGCCUUAUCGAUGCUGGAGUGUCCUCAUGCUGGGUGCAAAAAGAAGCUGAGGGAUAAAACCGCCCUGAGGAAACACAUGCUUGUCCAUGGGCCCCGUCAGCACGUGUGUGCUGAGUGUGGGAAAGCUUUUACGGAGAGCUCGAAACUAAAGCGGCAUUUUCUGGUGCAUACUGGAGAGAGGCCGUUUCAGUGCACCUUCGAAGGCUGUGGGAAGCGCUUCUCACUGGAUUUCAACUUGCGCACCCAUGUCCGCAUCCACACGGGUGAGAAGCGCUUUGUGUGUCCUUUUGAUGGCUGUGAGAAGAGCUUUAUUCAGUCAAAUAACCUGAAGAUUCACAUCCUAACCCAUGCAAAGGCGGGGAAGAAAUGCUGAAAGCCGAGACAGAUUGCCCUCAGACUGGGUAGUCUUAAUGGCAGAGGCACAGGUGGGGGUACAUGGAUUAUGUAUGGAUUAUUAUUUGUAGGGAUGGAUUCUAUGGCUAAAAAGAUUUUGCAACUCUAG